GAAUAAUUUCCCAUGAUGAUUUGGAUCCUGCACCAUCAAGAUUACACCACGAACUAUAGCGAUGACUCAACUAACUUUGGCUCGAUAUUCCGGAUCAACAAGGCCAUAACAGAUUACACCACGAACUAUAGCGAUGACUCAACUAACUUUGGCUCGAUAUUCCGGAUCAACAAGGCCAUAACAGGAGCCUCCAGUGUGGUUGUUGGACAUCCUCUUGACACAGUUAAGACUCGUUUACAAGCAGGCAAAGGAUACAACAACACUCUGCAUUGUGUUGUAACAAUCUACAAAAAGGAAACCGUAACAGGCUUUUUCAAAGGACUUUCCUUUCCACUGGCAAGCAUCACCCUUUAUAAUUCUGUGGUCUUUGGCUUCUUCAGUAACACACAACGACUCAUUAGCAGAUAUCGCUAUGGUGAUGGCAGACACCCAUCCAGCCUGCUUGAUAUAACUGUAGCGAGCAUGUUGACUGGCCUGGUUUCGGUUGGGGUGGGUGCUCCUGUUGAUCUUGUAAAAAUUAGGCUCCAGAUGCAAACCCAACCUGUUCUCUCAGAGAAUUUUAAUCUUGCCAGAAAUGGUAGUGUCCCUCUUCGUUCAAUGGGAAUUCAGUCUAUGUACAGAGGACCACUCCACUGCAUUAGUACCAUACUGCAGAAUGAGGGCAUCCAAGGGCUUUACAGAGGAGCGGGAGCCAUGAUAUUGCGAGAUGUACCUGGUUAUGCUCUUUAUUUCAUCCCGUACAAAUUAUUCUGUGGCUGGCUGGAUCCUGAUGUCAAUGGCUCCCCCAAUCCCUGCUCUAUAUGGCUUGCAGGAGGUUUAGCAGGAUCCAUCUCUUGGGUCACAGCCACACCAGCUGACGUGGUAAAAAGUCGGUUGCAGGCAGAUGCCAUGCAACAGAGGAAAUAUAAGGGUAUUCGGCACUGCAUCAUGCAAAGUUACAAAACAGAGGGAAUACAUGUUUUCUUCUGUGGGGUGACAGUGAAUGCUAUUAGAGGAUUUCCAAUGAGUGCUACCAUGUUUCUAUGUUAUGAACUUUCCCUCCAGUUUUUCCGAAGUUUUUAACACUGCCAGUCUUCAAAUAUUUAAUACACAUUUAAAUAAUAUACUCCUGUAAAUAAUUUUAGAGUAUUCAUGAUUUAAAUGGCAUGUAGAGACUUACAUGUGAAUUACAUUGAUGUGAGUUCAUUGUUGAUACAUGGAAGAGUAUCAGUGAAGAUUUGAGGCAUUUCUUAUAUUAAGAAAAUUGUGGUAAAUAGGUGAAUAUUUGAACAUUGUUUUAAUAUAUGAUUAUGCAUAAUCUGCAUGUGAAUGCUGUACAAAAUGUGAUUUUGCUCAGAUUAAUUUGCUUACUAUACAUUUGAACUUAUCCUGUUUGGCCACUAUAGAGCACCUAGCAUUUUAUUAGCAUGUGCUUGAAUACGUUUCACAGAUAUGUUCAACAGGCUUUUACAAUGAUUAUUUUCUAAUGUAAUAUGAGGCAAAUAUGUAAAUGAUUUAAAUGAUAUAGUAAGCUAUUCAAAUAAAGGAUGUGUUUGUUUGUUUCACACUUUUUCAUUUUUUUGACAUAUUUAUGUUUGAGUACUAAUAAUGAAGUAGUAUACAGUAGUAUACAGUGUCUUUGCUGGGGUAUUUCAGAAAGUUUUCUAUUAGAGCACUAUUGUCAAAAGAGUGUUGAGUAGAUCUUGUAUUAUUUUGUGUCCUCUUUGAGUCUUGAAUAUGCAAUGUGAAAAAACUAAAUUCUCAGCCAAAAUGUACAAAAAGAUCCCCCUUUUUUUCUCCCUCAUUCUCUCUCUUUGAUUUUUUUUUUUCUCUGAACUUUUUUUCAUCUUAAUGUUUUUUUUCUUUCAAAUUUUGUUUCUCAAGGGGCAACACAUGAGAAUAUUGUUUCUUGCUAGCUAACAAUAAACAUGUGGUACCAACCUCAGCCACCAGAUGCCACUGUCAGUAAGCGUCAAAUCUUAUGCUAACAAUUGUUAUAUAUCUGUUCAUUUAUACUAUAGUUAUGGUAUUAUACAAUAACAAAAAUGUUUUGCUAAUCGUAAUAAAAAAAUAUGUAAU